AUGCUUCCCCCCCAGCUCUUGGGUACCUACAGGCAGUACAAGCAGGAUACCGACUCUGUCGCGUCAUGGCUGGCCUCGACUGCCACUGCUCGCGGCUACCCUGUUGAUCUGCUAGCCAAUUCGCAUUCAACACCUGCCCCGAAGACGAGCGGGCGAUUGAAGGGCGAGGCGAGAAUUAAGGCUCGCAGCGACGGUGCAUCUAAUCCCAAGUCAGCCAACGAGAAGAGGCACAUCAUUGCCAUCAAGGACUUUGUGCCACUGGCCAACUUCAUUGCUGCCCGUCGAGUGUCAGUCCCCGACGUCUUCUCCACCACCCUUGACCGGCUUAUCGCUCUUCGAUCUGAUUUUGGAGACAAGCUGGGCGAAGCUGGAGCUAACCUGGACCCCGAAUCUGAUGAGAAGCAUGGGUAUUUUGUUGGCAUUCUCGGGGCAGUUCGAGAGGCUCUGCGACCUAGAAUGACCCCCACCACGGCAGCUGUGGCCCUAGAUGGUGCCAUCGAGACCGGCAAGGACACCGCCAGGGGCCCAGCCCAGGAUCUAGGGGGAAGGUUUGCUACUUUGACGGUAGAUGAACCAUCUCAGAGCUUCCUGGAUAAGUCUCGCAAUGCGUCUCACGAGAGACCCAAACCGGCCCAAGAUGAUGCCGCCUCGUAUGAAGCAGAGACGCCGACUACCUUGGACGACAUCCUUUUUGCCUUUGAGACCCUGAUAAAGGAUCUGCACCAAAUCAGGGCACGCAUCCAAUGGCUCUGGUCCAGGCAUUAUCUUUUGGCCGUGGCUCUACGGGUCCCCGACUUUGAAGUUGAGGAUGAGUUUCUUCGUGGAAUGAGGAUCCUCAGAAAGGAACACAAGGCGCCCUUUACACUCAUGUUUGCGGCCCAGGUGUUUCUCGACAUUCAUCACGAAUUGGGUGCUCCUGCGGCACGAAAAGUCUUUGCGGCCAUGACGGAUGAGGUUCGCAGUAUGGAUGAAUUACUAGCUGGCCAUUUGGAGCUCCACCAAAACAUCAAGCAAAGGAAUUGGACUCCCGAGUGGGACAAGGGCCUGCAAGAUCUGAGAAGCAGGAUUGAGUUGAAUGCAAAGGAUCCGGCUCACCAGGCAAAGGUCAAGCUGUUCAAAGAGGGCGGUCAGAACAUCAUUCUCCUAAACAAGGAAAAAGACCGUAUCUGGAUCCUCUCUCCCGUCUUGUCUGGCCUGUACCUCUCGACCGUCCGUAUACACGUCUACUACCUGGGCCUCAAGUUGGCGAAUUCCUGGCAGUCUAUCAUGCAUUGCGCCCAUCUCUAUAAUCUCCUUGGUCUAGAGAGCACUUGGACCGACAUGAACAUUGCCACCUUUCUGCUUGGCGAAUCUAACUUCUGGGUUGGAGAGGGUCGGCCCAAGACGAUUGAUGAUUGCUUCGAAAAGUUUUAUCUUCAGAAUGGCAACACGGCUGCCACCUUCGCAUCGAAUCGCCGAAGAACCCGUACUAAUGUUUCUCGAGCACGUGUACGGAUCAUCGAACAUGCCAUGCCAGUCUCGGCCGUCUUUGUCAAGGCCCAGGCUGGCAUCGGGACCGAAAUAGCCUGGACGCCUGAGCUGGUCGAGGAUAUUAUUGGGCUUAGUACCUUUACAGAGGAGGCUACGCUGGAUGGAAAGGCCAUAUCCAUGGUCAAGAUCAGAGACCAGCAACAGCUGAGAGCCAAAGAGCGACUUCGGCAGCAAAAGGCCAAGGACAAAGCUUCUGGAAGGAACACAAACGUUGAGCUUGUCGCCCCCGAAAAGCUCAUCUUGGCGCUUCUUCCAAGGCUGGCUAACGAAUCCCUCGAGAUGACAUUCCCUUACUUUCUCCUGCACCGUCAGUGCUGGAAGGUGAUGCGAGCACUCAGGGACGCCUGUGAGCCUAUUCUGAGAGACCAGCCAUAUGCAUAUAUGAGUUUGACUAGGGAGGUCGACAUGCCUGGAGUGGUUUGGUGCAUUUUCAACGCCGUGUAUGGACUCGACAAGAAUGGGCGUAGGAUAGAGCCUGACUCAAGAGUUCUGAGUGUCGCACGCGCCAUUUGCGAGGAGCUUCUUCGUGGCGAUGAGGGUGUGAAAGCCACUGGGUUUCUUCUCCGGUUCAAGCAAAUUCGUGUCAAAAAAGAGAAUGGCAAAGAGCAAGAUGAGGAUGCAGGUUGGAUAAUAGGAUAA